CUCACCAUCUGCUGCUAAAAAUCACAAAACGUCCAACAAGAGAGAAACUCCAAGACAGACAAGGCUCUCUUCUUCUCCAUCUUGAUGGUAGAAAUAAACAGGUCCUUUUGAAUUUGAACUUUUAUUGCUUGCAAUGGGGGAUGUCAUCAGUAAAGCUGCAGAUGGGGUCGGUGGUCUACUUGAGAAGGCGUUCUUGGCUCCCUUUAAGACUAUGUUUGGUGGCUCAUGCGAGGAUGUGUGUUCAGGACCCUGGGAUUUCGGUUGCUUUAUUGAGCAUCUAUGUGUCUCCAGUCUGUUGAAACUGUUAAUGAUCUUGGUCCUCUGCUACAUAACUUUAUUAUUCUUCUAUCUAUUAUUUAAACUGGGGUUAUUCCAAUGCAUUGGAAAAAGCCUCUGUAAGAUGUGUUGGGCUGCAUGUGAGACAUACUGGUAUGCACUAGAAGAUAUUACUUGUUUCUUGUGUUACAAACUAAAGAACACUAAGAGGGUAAACCGCCGUCGUCGCCGUCAUCGCCGUCGCAGCCAAUUUCGAGACAUUGAGCAAGGAUACAGUUCAAGCGAGGAAAAUGAUUUGUGGGAUAACUAUCAUGAGUUAAAUGUCAGCAGAAAACGGAAGUCACUCAGCAGGAGAAGAAAGCAUAAGCCGCAGAGCUCUGUUUACCCAUCACGUAGGCACGGCACUCGUAGUCACCACCAUGUAAGGUCAAAGUCUAGGGGAAGAUCUGUGCGCAUUGUGGGCAGAUCUCAAAGGCCAAGAAGCUCGAGACAUCUUCGAUUAAGAAAAGUGAGAAAUGUUCGAAGGCAAGCCAGAACAUCGAAGAGGAGGAAACUUAGGUGAUUGCCUGUGUUUCUGAAAUUGGUUUUGAAAUUAGGACGGUUGUAAU